AGAGAGAGUGCAGCGGUGCUGCAGGGCUGCGUGUGUGGCGCUGAGGAAGAUCCAGCAUCUUCGUCCUCCUCUUCUCGAGCGCAGGGAAUUCGGUGUUUUCCCGGGAAUGUCGCGGGCACGCGCUGGUGUGUGAUGACGGUGGCGUCGCGCGUCAUUGAGCUGUAGGGAAGGGCGCGCGCGCGUGUAUGUGUGUGUGUGUGUGUGUGUUCAUCUGUGAGGAGAAUCAAAGUGAACUGGCCUUAGCUCUCGGGCUAACAUUAGCUGCUAGCGCUGCUGUUCCUCUGAGAUCGUCCAGCAUGUGAACGAAAGUGAGCGCUGUCCUCAGCUCAUCGUCCUCUGCUCUUCACCUUCAGCCUCGGCCUGGUCUGUGAGCAUCAUGACCAAAUCAUACGAGUUCAACUGGCAGAAGCGCAUUCCUGAUUUCCUGCAGGAAGGAGCCGUGUUUGACCGAUUCGAUGAGGAUCCCUUCGUCUUUGAGCCCAGCUGCCAUUUCAAAGUCGACGAGUUUGGCUUCUUUCUCACGUGGAAAAGUGACGGAAAGGAAGGUCAGCUUCUAGAAUGUUCUCUGAUCAACAGCAUCCGUCCCGGAGUCGUGCCGAAGGACCCAAAGAUCCUGGCGUCUCUGGAAGCGGCGGGGAAGAACGAUGCGGAUCUGGACGGACGCAUCAUCUGCGUGUGCAGCGGGACGGACCUGGUCAACCUCAGCUUCAUGUACAUGGUGAUGGACAACACGGACAUGACCAAGAAAUGGAUGGAAGGCCUGAAAUCGGUGAUUCACAACUUCAAGGCGAAUAACGUGUGUCCAAUGACUUGCCUGAAGAAACAUUGGAUGAGACUCUCCUUCCUAACGAAUGUCAACGGCAAAAUCCCAGUCCGAGGUAUCACAAGGACGUUCGGCUCGGGUAAAACGGAGAAAGGAAUCUUCCAGGCGCUGAAGGAACUCGGUCUCCCCAGUGGGAAGAAUGAUGAAAUCGAGCAUUCGGCCUUCACCUUCGACAUCUUCUACGCUCUGACGCAGAAGAUCUGCCCUCGCACGGACAUCGAGGAGCUCUUCAAGAAGAUCAAUGGAGACAAAAGUGAUUAUUUAACCGUAGAGCAGUUAGUCAGCUUUCUGAAUGAAAACCAGCGGGACCCUCGACUCAACGAGAUCCUCUUCCCCUUUUAUGAAGCCAAACGAGUCAUGCAGAUCAUUGAGAAGUACGAGAGAGACGCCGACUUGAAAAAGAAAGGCCGCAUGUCGAGCGACGGCUUCUGCCGCUACCUGAUGUCGGACGAGAACGCGCCGGUGUUUCUGGACCGUCUGGAUCUGUGUCAGGAGAUGGAUCAACCGCUGGCUCAUUACUUAAUCAGCUCGUCUCACAACACAUACCUGACGGGCCGGCAGUUCGGCGGGAAGUCCUCGGUGGAGAUGUACCGACAGGUGCUGCUGUCCGGAUGCAGGUGUGUGGAGCUGGACUGCUGGGAUGGUAAAGGUGAGGAUCAGGAGCCCAUCAUCACUCAUGGGAAGGCCAUGUGCACAGACAUCUUGUUCAAGGAUGUAAUUCAAGCCAUAAAGGAAACGGCGUUUGUAACGUCUGAAUAUCCUGUCAUUCUGUCGUUUGAGAACCACUGCAGUAAAACGCAGCAGUAUAAGAUGGCCAAGUAUUGCGAGGAGAUCUUCGGAGAGCUGUUGCUGAAGCAGCCGCUGGAGGGAUUCCCAGUACGUGACCUAUUCCCCCGCACACAAAUCCAGACCAGACCUGCUUUAGUCUCCGUGGAAAAUAUCGAAGCCGGGCAGCAGCUGCCGUCACCCAACGACCUCAAGCGCAAAAUACUCAUCAAAAACAAGCGCUUGAAGCCUGAAGUGGAGCAGAAGCAGCUGGAGUCGUUUAAGAAGCACAUGGAGGCUGGAGAGAUGAGUAUACAGGCCGGAGAAGAUGAGAACGAAGAAGAUCUGGACAGCGCGCUGGACGGUAAGGAGCUGAACUCAGACCUGAAGAGCAGCAACACUCUGUCUCUGUUGGAGGAUGCGGAUGCAGAAGCUCAGGACAGCAGCAGGAAGAAGAUCCCAGACGACGACGUCACCGAGAUCUCAGAAGCCACUGAAAUCACGGACGCCACCGACGUGUCAGAAGCGUCGGACCUGGAGAACAAGAAGAAGAGCGUGGAAACGGCUGAAGAAGCUGACGCUGAGCAGCAGCUCAUCGCCUCCUAUAAGUAUGAAGGAGCCACGACCAACAUCCACCCGUACCUUUCAGCCAUGGUCAACUACGCUCAGCCCGUCAAGUUCCAGAGCUUCGAGGUGGCUGAGGAGAGGAACAUCCAUCACAACAUGUCGUCCUUCAACGAGUCUGUGGGUUUGGGUUAUCUGAAGACCAACGCCAUUGAGUUUGUGAACUACAACAAGCGGCAGAUGAGCCGCAUCUACCCCAAAGGAGGCCGCGUGGACUCCAGCAAUUACAUGCCUCAGAUCUUCUGGAACGCCGGCUGCCAGAUGGUGUCUCUGAACUUCCAGACUCCAGAUCUGGGCAUGCAGCUGAAUCAGGGGAAGUUCGAGUACAACGGCGCAUGCGGGUACCUCCUCAAACCAGACUUCAUGCGCCGCGGCGACAGAAUGUUCGACCCUUUCUCUGAGACGCCAGUAGAUGGAGUGAUAGCAGCGACCUGCAGCGUACAGGUGUUCUCGGGUCAGUUCUUAUCGGAUAAGAAGAUCGGCACGUAUGUGGAGGUGGACAUGUACGGCCUUCCCACCGACACCAUCCGGAAAGAGUUCCGCACGCGUAUGGUGAUGAACAACGGCCUGAACCCGUACUACAACGAGGAGCCCUUCGUCUUCAGGAAGGUGAUCCUGCCGGAUCUGGCCGUGCUGCGCAUCGCUGUGUACGACGACAACAACAAGCUGAUUGGUCAGAGGAUCCUGCCGCUGGAUGGACUGCAGGCUGGUUACCGACACAUCUCGCUGCGCAACGAGGGGAACAAGCCGCUCUCGCUGCCCACCGUCUUCUGCAACAUCGUCCUGAAGACAUACGUCCCAGACGGCUUCGGCGCCAUCGUUGAUGCUCUUUCUGAUCCAAAGAAGUUCCUCACCAUCGCAGAGAAACGCGCCGACCAGAUGCGAGCUCUCGGGAUUGAAACGAGUGACAUCGCAGACGUUCCCAACGAAAACUGCAAGAGCGAUAAGAAGGGAAAAGUGAAUCAGGUGAAGACUAACGUGACGCCGCAGAGCAGCUCCGAGGUGAACGCCACACAGAACAACGUCAGCGAGAGCAAACGCGAUAAUUCUGCCAUUGUGAAUCAGGUGAACAUUGAAGAUUUGAAGCAGAUGAAGACCUUCAUUAAACUGAUGAAGAAGCAGCAGAAGGAACUAAACACGCUAAAGAAACGUCACACUAAGGAACACAACACCAUGCAGAAAUCACACUGCACACAGGUGGACAAAAUGGUGGCUCAGCAUGACAAGGAGAAGUUCACGCUGGAGAAGCUGCUGGAGAAGGCCAUCAAGAAGAGAGGUGAAAACAACUGCUCCGAGCUAAAGAAGGAGACGGCCAUAAAGGUCGAGACGCUCACGACAGACCAUAAAGAAAAGGUGAAGGACAUGGUGGCGCAGCACACUAAAGAGUGGUCAGAGAUGAUCAACUGUCACAGCACAGAGGAACAGGAAAUGAAGGAUGCCCAUGUGACGCAGCAGUGUGAGCUCCUCAAGAAGCUGCUGGCCAGCGUUCAGGAGCAGCAGACACUGCAGCUCAAGCUCAUCCACGAGCGGCAAAGCAAAGAGAUGAAGGCCAAUCAGGCGAAGACAUCGAUGGAGAACAGCAAAGCCAUCAGCCAGGACAAGAGCAUCAAAAACAAGGCGGAGCGCGAGAGGAGAGUUCGGGAGCUGAACAGCAGCAACACCAAAAAGUUCCUGGAGGAGAGAAAAAGGCUGGCCAUGAAGCAGGCGAAGGAGCUGGAGCAGCUGCAGAAAUCUCAGCGAGAGCAGCUGGAGAAACUCGAGAAGUUCAACGAGCAGCUUUUGAAAUCACAUCAUGCAAACAGUCAGACUCAAGGCCAAAGACAUGCAGAAGAUGGUGAAGCUGGAGGAGGACAUGGACCGCAGACCAGCCACGGUGGUGUAAGCGCUCCAUCCGUCAACUGAAGCCAAGCGAAGCGUCUUCAUCUGUGCUUCAUCCCGACUCCCGCUCCUGAACCCCUGCAGUCUAAACCCCGCCCAUUCUCCCUACCUCAGCUCUAGCCCCGCCCACCGCGGAUAACUCCUCCUCUGCAGCGGCGUCCAGCCAAUCCGGCUCUCACCGUAGCUCCGCCCACGCUGCUCAGACCAGCUCCUGAGGAGGCGGUGAACACGAUUUUCUACACCAUCAUCAUCAUCUUCAUCUUCAUCAGCAGUGCUGCAGCCAUUAUGGGUCGACAACUCAAAAGUGUUCUUUGUGAACUUCAAGUCGUAUCUUAACUGAGCUAGUAAACCGUAGCAGAGUCGGGCGACCGGACGAGUCUGAUUAGUGUCACAGCGUGUUUCUCCCGUCCUGAGCACUUUAUAUGUGAUAGGAUGUCAAGGAUCUUUGACGAUGUAGCAGAGCUCUAGCUUUCCUCUGUACACUACGAAUGUAGACGCGUCUGGAAGCCAGAUCACACGAGUGUUUUUCAUCUGUUCCUGUACGCACACCUCGUUUUACCCGAGUGUUGUUUUAUUUUCGAGGUUUUAAAGGAGUUUGCGGAUCGCUGGUUCUGUUCGGCGAGGUGCUAUCGUGAGAACCCUCCUCGCACGGAUUGGGAAGGACGCGACUCAUCGACGCAAACCAUUCGGCACGACACUGAACUUUGGUUGCACUUGUGUUUGUGUUUUUUAUUUUCAGGUGUAAUCUAUUGGUACUUGUUUUAAAGAGAGGUGAUUGUACGCUGCAAAAUAAAUCAUGUUUUUAGGCACUUUUGUCUUGUUUCGACCAGUAAAAAUAACUAAACAGCCAAAAGAUAUUAAGUCUUGUUUUCUGAAAUCUGUGUCAAAAUGAAAUGUGUCGCUGGUCAGAUAAACGUUGUUGUUUUUUCCGAGCCCAUUUGUUCUCGUUUUAAGCUUCAGAUUUCUCCGAAAACAAGACUUCGUAUCUUGUGUCAUUCUGCAUCUCCAGGAAAUGCAUCCUGAUUUAAGGAUGUUUAGAUAUUUGUGCUGGAAAACCAGACAGAAACAUCAUGUUUUGCGGUGUAAAUCCCUGCCGGUGUGUGCUUUUAUUUGAGGGCUUCUGAGAUUUUCUGUGUAUUGGUUGUUGUGAGUUUUCCAUCCGUCGUUUUUAUUCCCUUUCUUCUUCGUUUUCUUUGCAUCAUGUUUUCAAGUGUUUGGCGGUGACCACAUAUCUCGUGUGAAUGCAAAGUGCUUUAAAACUCCAUCGCUUACAAAUGUGCCACUAUAUGUCAGGUAGGACGUUUAAAUUAUUAUUUUACAUGAUAAAUGCCAAAAUAAGGGGUUAUUUAUAUGAAGAUGCAUAUAUAAAUAUAUUCUAGUGAGUAGUUUAAGACUACAUUUGGUUUCUUAGAAGCUUUUUGCACUAGCUGAAUGUUUUCUGUUGUGCGACGUCCACGUAGACUUUUGCUCUAAUAUUAUAGUUUGCGGGAAAAGCAGAUUAUUUUUGCAGAACUGUCGCGCUCUGAAUUUCAUCCGUUUCUAUUCGUUUGUCUCCUGAGCUUUCUGUAGCUUCUCAAUGAACCAUGCUGUAAGUGCUUUUGUAUUUAUAAAUAUAUAUAUCGUAUUUGUCAAACUUCUAGCAAUGAAAAUACUCAAAAAAUACUGUUGUUAUCCUGCUACUUUAAUACUGUUUUAUAGUAUGUGUACCAAUAAACUAUCCCAGGUGUUAAA